CUGUCAGCACUCCUCUGUAGAGGAGGUAAGAACGUUAUAACUGAAGUGAACUUUUAAGCGAACGCAGAAACAAUUCAACAUAGUCGCUUGCCGCCCAACUAAACGGACGUUUGGCUACUUCGGACCUUCAGAUUGUCUCCUUUGACCAUGGAACCAGCCCGGAUAUUUCCGUGUGUCCUGUCCGUGUUUAUGUCGCUAAUCUUGGACAGGUUCGCGGUGCUCGCUGCCUUUUCCCAGGCUGCGGACAGCGACUUUACAUUCACUCUGCCUCCAGGUCGAAAAGAGUGUUUCUACCAAACCAUGAAGGAAGAUGCCUCUCUGGAGAUUGAAUACCAGGUGUUAGAUGGAGCAGGUCUGGAUGUAGAUUUCUUCAUUUCCUCUCCCUCUGGUCAUCUGCUGUUCAAUGACUACCGCAAGUCAGACGGCGUCCACACUGUAGAAGCUUUGGAGAUGGGAGACUACAUGUUCUGCUUUGACAACACGUUUAGUACCAUCUCUGAGAAGCUCAUCUUCUUUGAAUUGAUCCUGGACAACAUGGACAUGGCGGAAGACCCAGACGACUGGAAGGAGUACAUCCAUGGGACGGAUAUGUUGGACAUGAAGCUGGAAGACAUCAUGGACACCAUCAACAAUGUGAAGUCUCGCCUGGGCAAAAGCGUGCAGAUCCAGACGGUGCUGCGAGCGUUCGAGGCUCGCGACCGAAACCUCCAGGAGAGUAACUUUGACAGGGUGAACCUCUGGUCCGUGGUCAAUCUCUUUGUGAUGGUGAUCGUGUCAGCGGUUCAGGUCUACCUGGUCCGCUCCUUGUUUGAAGAUAAAAGAAAAAAUCGCACAUAAUAUCACUGAAAACAGAAGGACAAUGAACAAGAAACUAACAUGCUUUAAUACAGAAACUUUAGCGUUUUUCUUUCUUUUUUUUUUAUUAUUAUUAUUUUUUUUGCCUUUUUUGGGUUCAAGAGGUUUCCAACGGGUCUAUGCAGACACCGUCAGCGACAUUCAGGCACAAUCGCCACAGCUGCUGCUUCAGUUUUCAGUCCUCCAGAGUUUGAACUGGUCAGCCUUUCAGCUCUACAUCCAUUGUUUAUUUUCAUUUAACUAUAAAUAAUCUCUUUAAUGUUGUGUAUUGUAAAAUCUUUUCUAGCUGCUGGAGAAGUAUCAAACAUGUCGAUGGUGCAAAUAUUCUUGUAACACAGCUUGAUGUUGCAAAAUACAAAAUGUUCUUUUUGUUCUUUGGACAAGUUUUUCUCUUGCGUUAAGCUGAAGUAGAUAAAGAAAAUGUUUACUAUCAGGAUAAUUUGUUUUUGCCAAGCAGGAGGAGAAGGUGCAGCCAAACUGGUGUUACGUGUUCCCUUUAUGCUACUUGUGCUUAAACAUGUACUGUUGUAUUGUUAGCUGUUAUCUUUUUGUCAUAGUUUGAGGCCUUUAAAACAUGCAUGUUGUUACAGUUAGUAAUAAUCAGGAGUGUGUGUGUGUGUGUGUGUGUGUGAGGCUGUGCUGGCUUUGUGGCCUGAGUGGCUGCUGGCACCACAACCCUCCACUGUGAAGGUCCAUGGCUGCUGCUGCUGCUGGGUGUCUGCUUACAGCCCACCUACCAUAUGAAGAUGUUCGACCUGCCUGGCUGUCUCUCUGGUGACAAAAGUCUAUUUCUGACUGACAUCUGGAAGGUCGUUGGCUCUACAGCUGGUCGGUUUAACAUGUUCCAGCCUUACCUGCAUUGACCUUGAGAUCUCUUUUAGAACUACAACUAACAGGAUUUGUCUGCAGGUUUUAAAACCAACGCUACAGAGUGUAACGUCAGAUUAUUGCUCUGCCUCACAUGCCAGAGAAAAUGUUUCUCAUUGGUCUUAAAUUUUGUGCACUGACAUUUUAGAUUACAAAAUAGUUUAAUCAGAAAUGACUUGUCUUGAAGAAGGAGCACUUGUCUAUAUUUUAAUAAUUCACUCGUUGGCUGUUCUCUUGCUGCUGCUGCAUUUGAAUAUGGUUUUAUUUCAUUAUUUUUGACCUGACAGCUGGAACCAGACCAUUCUUUACCUAGGAGUUACUUGUUGCCACCCUCUCACUUAGAGAUAAAGGUCACACCUGUAUCAUUAACUGUACAGAACUUACGUUGGAAGAGAAUUAAACCAAAUAUUUAUGAAUUAA